AUGGAGAACACGCCGAAUCGCGUCCCUCCAUCGCACAUCGAUCCCGAUCGCGUGGCCACCAUGUACGGCGAACUCGGCAAUAAACUGGUCCAACACGCGAAGCGCACGCAAGCCCUCACCCAUCUACCACCCUACCAAACCGAAAUCGUCCGCGCCGUAACCCGCGAAGUCCGCGACCUCGACCGCGAUGUCGUCCGCCUCCUUGACCCCUUCGAGGGCACCUUCAAUCCCUCUGCCGACCCAGCCACGGCCUGCGCCCUGCUAGUGGACCACCUCUGCAUGCGCCGCAACAAGCGCUGCCUAAUGGCGUACCACCGCGUGCGAACAGAGAAACUCGAGGAACUGUGCUGGACGGGCGUGGACGUGCUGGAGCAGCAGCAGCCCAGCGAGGCGGGCGAGGAUCGGGGCGUGGCGCAGGCUGGGGGUGUCCAUAGCUCGCUGAGUCCGGAGGAGGAGGAGUAUUUUCGGCAGUAUGGGGAUAUGUUGGCUGCGUAUAAGGGGCAGUGGACGGAUAUUGAUUUGACGGGGACGUUGGAGCCGCCGAAGGAUUUGUUUAUUGAUGUUAGGGUGUUGAAGGAUGCGGGGGAGAUUCAGACGGAGUAUGGCCAGCUUUACGUUCGACAGGGAGAUGUCGAGCGAUUGAUCGCACAGGGCUUCUUGGAGCGAUUGAGCUGA